GUCAAAUCAUGAGCAGCCAAACCAUCCACUCGUCCGACUGCCACGUCACAUUUCACGAUCAAACACCCCUCCCUUCCUCCUCCUCGGACUCCGACCACCACGACCACCGUCCUCUUCUACUCCGACCUUCCUACGCGAGAUCGAAAUCCCUCCUCUUCGACGAGCUUCGCAGCUUUCGUAUAAGCCUCAAAUGGUGCGCCCUCGACCACUCCACGCCCCUCGGCCGAUCCAUCUCCUACCUCACAUUCUUCUCCCUCGCCGUCCUCGUCCCCAUCCUCACCUCCCUCUCUUACCACGACGACGACCAAGACAACGAAUCCACCGACGACCUCCCGUUGUCAUUCAACAAACUCGUGCAAAUACCUGAAUCCGGACUAGCCCUCAUCUCAUUCCUCACCCUGACCUCAUUCUUCCGCCGCUACGGCCUCCGCCACCUCCUCUUCCUCGACGGGCUCCACGCCGACUCCCCUCACGUCCGCCGCGGCUACUCCCUCGAGCUCCACCGCGCGUUCCGCUACCUCGCCGCCAUACUCCUCCCUUCCUUCUUCCUCCAGCUCGCCCACAAGAUCGUCUUCUUCUCCACCGUCCGCCUCACCAUCCCGCUCCCGGCCUCUGCUUGUCUCCCCGUGGAUUCGAUCAUGUUCCUUCUCGUCAUGGGAUCGUGGGUGUACAGGACGGGGGUUUUCCUGCUGGUAUGUGUUCUGUUCAGGCUGACAUGCGAGCUUCAGAUCAUGAGGUUCCAGGGGCUGCACCAGCUGUUCCAAGGGUUCGAAUACUCUGACGGCUCGUGUGACGCGAUAUACGGGGAGCACGUCAGGAUCAAGAAGCAGCUCAGAUUCACCAGCCAUAGGUAUCGCUCCUUCAUUAUUGCCUGCUUGGUUACCAUCACGGUUAGCCAGUUGGGUGCUCUGCUUCUCAUUCUAGCGUCCCGCUCUCACAAAAGCUUCCUCAACUCCGGCGAUCUCGUCGUAAUAUGCUCGGCGGUGCAGCUGAGUGGGUUGUUCUUGUGCCUGAUGGGAGCGGCGAGGAUCACGCACAGAGCGCAGGGGAUUGUGUCGCUCGCGACGCGGUGGAACAUGAUCGUGACGAGCACUGGUGCUGCAGCUAGAAGCAGCGGCGCCGGGAAAGGGACGAAGAACCAUGCCUCCAAGGAGAACAGCGGCAGCGACGGUGACUCUGACGAUACUUCAUCGUCGUCGACGUCGGAAGUUCUGAUCUCGGUUUCUGUUGAUGGGGAUCAUAACGGAUCUUCUUCCUUCCAAACAAGGCAAGCUCUGGUGGCGUAUCUGCAGCACAACAACGGAGGGAUUACACUGUUCGGGUUCCCGCUGGAUCGAGGAUUGCUGCAUACCCUCUUUGCCUUUGAGUUCUCUUUGGUGCUUUGGAUACUUAGUAAAGUUGUCGUUCUAUAAUUGAUCAUGAGAUAGAUACCAAAUCAAGGUACCAGGCCUUUAUUUGUGGCUGUGACAACUGAAAAUAUAAACCAAAGCUAC